CGGUGAGGGUCUUAGUCUGUUUGAUUUUUUGCAUUGGUGAACCUACAGGCUCCAAGGAAAAUGUUUCUGAAAUUUCUCCAGGGAACGAUGUUUCUUUAAGCUGCCCCUUCAGCACUGGACAGGCUCAUUGGAAAGGACCUCAGUUCAGCAACACAAUGAGAGUGAAAGUAAACAAGAUAGAGUAUUUAUUUAUAAAAAACUUUCAAGACCAAAAUAAGGGAAAGUAUGUCUGCCCCAAUGAAAUGAAUCAAUUCAGUUUGGAUCUGAAAUAUGGGUCAUCAAAUGAUAAAUCGGUUUUGUUCCGAGCCAGUGAGGGAGAUUCACUCCUCUUCUUCUGCAAAGAUCUGAUCUCUUUAUCCAUAGAAGCCACCUGGCACUGGAGACCCCACAAUUCAAAUCAAUCUUUUAACCUCAGACUGAACCCUGCUCACUUUGGAAAACGGCUCCAUUUCAGAAAUAACGACAAUGACUUUUCUUUAACCAUCGCAAAUAUAGACUGGGGCGACUCGGGGCAAUAUGAAUGUCAACGUUUCCACAAAAGAACUUACUUUGAACUCGUCGUGGUGAGAGUUUGCGCUGACCCUCAGCAGAUAACUGAGGGGGAAGACGUCAAGUUAGAAUGUGAAGUUUCCUAUAAGUUUCCACUCAUACGAUUGCACUGGAUCAACAUGGACACCAAAGAGAACUUUCUAAACCCACAUCAACUGAGGAACGUUACAACGGGCCAGAGAAACUGGAUGUGUGCUGUAUUUGAUGGCUCCAAACUAAAAGCACUUAUUCCAUUAUCUCUCAACGUUAGCCAGCAUUUCACAACCACUGCCAGAUCAUCAACUCCGACUACUCACUAUCACACCUCCGAUGAGUCAAAAACUCUGCUACAGACUACAAGAAACAAUCGCUGGACUACAUUAGAAGCUGACUCAGAGGGAACCAGCCACCCUCGGAAAAACCUAAUUGUAAUCAUCAGUGGGUUCUCCUUCAUCCUUGUAGUGGCGCUUGGUGCUGUAUGCUGGAGAAGAAGGACUAAGAAGAAUUCAGAAGUGGAGCACCCUACUCUAUGUGUGAGAGACAGCGUUACUUAUGCUGAAGUGAGCUUCAGGCAGAAAUCAGAGAGGAGGAAAAAAAUGGAGGAAGAGGUCCUUACGUGUGAGAGAGACAGCGUUACAUACGCUGAAGUGAGCUUCAGGCAGAAAUCAGACGAUGUUUCCUCUGAAUGUGAGCGAGUUUCUAAUGAUGAUCCAGCCGAAACAGAAGUCCUGUAUUCAUCUGUUAACCUGUCUGAAAGUUUAAAAUGAAUUUAUUGGUGUUUAUAUAAUGUUCCACACUUUCACCUGCACAUUUAAAAUGUAUUCUACUUAAAUCAUUAACAUAUUUAUCAUUUUAAAACAUAAUCUAAAUUAUUUGCUGUAGCACUAGUAUAUCUAUUUUAUUCCUUAAUUUUUUAACUCACUCUGAACUCCACUUUAAGUUCUAGAAAAACAACAAAUUGUGGGGAAUUAAGAAUGUGUGAAAUUUUGGUCUAUUAAAGUCACAAAAUAUAAUCAGACACAAUGUAAAUUGAAACCUAUAAAAAGCCUCUUUGUGUAUUUAUAGACAGUGCGGUGAAAAUCUUUAUUAUUAUAUCUGACGAGAUAAUAUACACAUGA